AUGCUGGAGCUUGUUCCUGCAACUAUUGAGAAUGUGACAAAAGAUGAAGGUGUGGAAGACCUGUCUGAUGACGUCAAGAUGAUGUUUUUAGACAAAGAAACAUUGAUGAAAGAAUUGGCCACUGCUAAUGAAAACCACAUUACCAUCCUACGAGAGAGAGAAAGUCAACUGAUCUCCCGUACCAAUGCUUGGAGGAGCAGACUCAUCAAAAAACUCCAAGAAAAGGAACUCCAGAGAAAUAGAAUGACCCUUUCACAUAUUACGACAUAUGUGAAUCACUACGAGGAAGAAAUGCACAAAUUAUAUCAUAGAUGA